CAGAGAGCCGGAGGAGGAGGAGAGGAGGACAAGCAGCUGAUUCAGUUUCACUAACGCAGCUCAGGAGCGACUACUGAACAGCUGCAGACAGAAGACAAUGUUGUCAAGCAGCGACACCUUCAUAUGCAGCUUUCUUUCCACUGAAAACCUGCUGGAAAGUGCAUCAACAACAAAACAAGUUGACUUUUAAAUUGUCUCCCCUCAACAGCAAGCAAUAUUUGAAUCCUCUCUUUCUGCAUCAAGUAACGCAGAUGUUGUGUUACUGGUGUAGAUGCCCCCUUUUAUCAUCACAACUUAACUUCUAAAUUCUCAGAAGACUUGCCUGUCUGAUGGACUUUGGACAUACAGUUAGCAACUCCUUGGAUUACAAACUGAGAAGAAGCACCUAACCCGGAGAUAAGCUUGAAUCUUUCCUUUCGUCCCCCUGGUGGAUUACUAUUGAUAUGGAUGGGAGGACUGACAGUUGGUCACAAUCCACAGCUUGGAUAAUUACGUUUUGGAUAUAUUUCUCUCACCUUUUUUUCAAGGCACCUUAAGAGUUAUCAUCUAUAAAGAUGGGAAAGAGACAUUGCAACUACUUCACAUGCUGCUGUCUUCUAAAAUCAUGUAGAUAUCUGCCAUCUGAUUGCACAACAUAAGUUGUUUUUUCACUGUACUUGACAUUUUUUGUUUGCUUUUUUAAUGGAAAGUCAAUUUUUCAGAUAAACUGAAUUAUUUUUGUGCUGUCCCACAGGCCCUAACAUAGGCCUGUUUGGCCUUACAGAAGGGCCUCUUUCAGGGGGCACAAGGGAGGCAUAUGAGAAAUCUGAAAACCUAAACUUCAUUUGAAACAAACAGGAACAGGAAAAAAAGCCACAGUGACAGUUCUUAGUGUGGUGGUGGCAUGGCAGCAGAACACGGCGAGCUGCUGGCUGAGAUGGCCACCGUAGGGCGCCUGAGCGCCACAGAGCGCCUUAAGCAUGCCCAGAAGCGCCGCGCUCAGCAGCUGAAGUCAUGGGCACAGAUGGAGAAAGAUGCUACCCGAGGGUCAAGGGCCAAAGCAGACAAGAAGAAGAAGGCACGGACCACCAAAGUUAAGUUUCCUAACACAAUCACCCUGCUGGACGCUGCUGCACGAUGUGACCUGGACGAGGUGAGGGAGCUGUUAAACAGCGGUGUCAGCCCAGAUCUGGUCAACGAGGAUGGACUCACAGCCCUACAUCAGUGCUGCAUUGAUGACUUUGUGGAUGUAGUGCAGUGUCUGUUGGAUGCCGGUGCCUGUGUGAAUGCCUGUGACAGUGAGCUGUGGACACCGCUGCAUGCUGCUGCCACCUGUGGACACACUGGGCUGGUGCAGCUCCUGAUUCAGGCUGGGGCUGACCUUCUGGCUGUCAACGCAGACGGUAACAUGCCCUAUGACCUCUGUGAGGAUGAGGCCACUCUUGAGCUGCUGGAGAUGGUUAUGGCUGAACAGGGUAUAACUCAGGACCGUAUAGAUGAAUGUCGAAGGGCUAAAGAGGCAGCCAUGUUGACUGACAUUCAGGCUCUGGUUCAGAGUGGAGCGGACUUAAAUGCUCAGGAUGAUAAUGGAGCUACACUGCUCCACACAGCGGCUGCUAACGGCUACAUAUCUGUGGCGGAGCUGCUGCUUGAGCACAGGGCUCAGGUGGAGGUCAAGGACAGUGAUGGCUGGACGCCGCUACACGCUGCCGCCUGCUGGGGACAAAUCCAAAUGGUGGAACUGUUGGUGGCGCAUGGAGCAAGUUUAAACACAAAGUCUGUCCUGGAGGAGACUCCUCUGGAUGUGUGUAUGGAUGAUGAGGUCAGAACCAAACUGAUGGAUCUGAAGCACAAACACGAUGCCAUCAUGAAGAGUCAGGACCGGCAGAAAGGCACGCUGCAAAGACGAGCUUCCAGUGCCGGCAGCAGAGGUAAAGUGGUGCGUCGUGUCAGUGUGAAUGAGCGCUCCAGUUUGUAUCGACGAGAGCAUCACAAAGAGGCCAUGGUGUGGCAGGAGCGAGGGCGGCAGCCAGAACCACAGGACGACGACGAGGACAGACAAACGGACAACGAGCUGCACCAGCAUGCCACCAUGGUUUCUGGUGGAGAAGCCACGUCCUGUUUAGAAGAACUGGAGGCUGCAGACAGGAAAAUAAUGUCCAGUCUAGGUAAUGGUGGGACCUCUGUUUCUCUGGCCUCCUCUGUACCAGGAGAGCUUUGGAGUGGUGGGGGUCUCAUGGAUCGCAGUGCCUCCUAUCAGCUCAGCCCUGCGUCUGGAGCCGGGUUUGGAUCUGGUUCUACAGACAGGGAGGGGGCAGACAAUAUGACUCGGGAGAAAUCUCACCACACCCUUGCUGAUCUGAAACGCCAGCGGGCAGCUGCCAAGCUCAAUAAGUACCCAGCACCUCAACCCCCCCUGCCCCCCACUGUAGAGGAGCAACCUUCGGUUCCAGCAUCUGAGGUGACAUCAACUCAGGCCCAGCCAGAGGUCCAACUGGGCCCCAUCCCAGUAGAGGAGGUCUCCCCAAGUCAGGUGUACUUCACCUCGGCUAGCGGAGAUCCUCCACUACUGAAACUUAGAGCACCUGAGGAGGAGCAGGCGAGCAAUAAGGAGCCGUGCUGUGGACUCAUGUAGACCUUUUCACACUCACACACACACUUAACUGCCUACAGAGUAGAAAACUGGCAGUGUUACACUCCAAAGUGGCAAAAAGCAUAUAAAAAAAGACAUGCUUGAAAUGAAUCUUUAAAGAUUGUAGGUUAAGGCCACAUGCCAAUAACAGAUGGAUCCAAACAACAUUUCAAUGGACUGAGAUGCGAUCUUUGUGCUUAUUCUACCCUGGACCCUAUGAUCAAUACAAACUUCACACUAAAGGUCUUAGGACUGCUCUUCCUCUUGGAGAGAAUUUAUGGAUCUUUGCAUGUCAGGUGUUCACUUCUGACGCAGGAGAAAUAGAGAUUCCAGUGUUCAAAUCACAAACAAAGCUUUACUUUUCAUUGUUCAUUAAUUAACUUAUUUCAUUUAACUCCCACCAACAGUAGACAUUUCACUGAAAAAGCUCUGAAUCAUGUUUAAGUUGAAUAUUUAUGCAAAGCUGAAUGAAAUCAAUCUGCAGUUUUUUAAAAUAAUAAUGGUAAAUGUUGUCUUUACUGGGCGCUAUGAAGGGUGUAUGUCUAUCCUGCAAACAUUUACAUAAUAAUCAAGAGUUUUUUGUGGUUGGGAGAGUGCUUGCUCAUUGCGGUUUCAGUUUACAUUGUUGCUACUCUGAAUUUACAUAUACACAAUGACAUGAACAAGGAAUGUGUCCUUAAAAUACCUUUCUCAUAAACUGAAAAUUUAAUUAUUUUUCCAGUGCACAAAAAGUCUACAUUUCAAUAUUUGUAAUGGUGCAAUUUGUAAAUUGAGUGGUUGUCUAUAAAAGAACAUGAGCUAAUCUAUAUUUAAAUCAGUGGAUGAUAACUCAACCUUUCAUUAUUGAUCUCAGUAUUUCAAUUUUUCUACCCCUCAAAUCACACUUUUUGUUCUAAAUCUGAAUAUGACUAAGCGUGUACAUUUCCUGUACCAUAUUUAAAGAUAAGAGUCUAAAGAUAUUUAUCAAAGAGAUGAUAUAUUGAUUUUUUUGUAUCACACCAUUUAAACUUGUCAUGUGAUUAUGUGUAAAAAAAAUUGUGUGCCUUUAGGUGGCAGAUUUGUUAUCGUUCUGCAGCGUUUGCACUAAGGUCCGUAUGUUAAUUUGGUGAGGUGUGGGAUAAAAUGAUGUAAAUCUCAGACAUUGACUCAAACUUGAUGUGCUGUCAAUACAUUCCAAUUUCUCUUUUGCAUUUGGUGAUUUCUACUGAGCCCUGAUUAGAAAAACAAAAUAUAAAACAUGUUUUCAAAAA